AUGGCUCCAAGAGAGAAAUCUACCGUCCUUAAAGGUACCGCUGGCGGCGGCGUAAUUUGCGAGGCUCGUUACAGAGGGGUGAGAAAGAGACCAUGGGGCCGUUACGCCGCCGAGAUCAGAGAUCCCGGCAAGAAGAGUAGAGUCUGGCUUGGUACGUUCGACACAGCCGAAGAGGCGGCGCGUGCUUACGACACGGCCGCACGUGAGUUCCGUGGCGCCAAGGCCAAGACCAAUUUCCCUACCCUCUCCGAACUCGUCGCCGACAAAAUAUCGACGGCUGAUAAUCGCAACGCCUCCGCCACUCGGAGCCCUAGCCAGAGCAGCACCGUCGAGUCCUCGGGCUCUGCGCCGCAGAUCAUCUCCAGUCCUCCAUCUCUCGACCUCAAUCUCGGCGGUGGAGCACCUUUUUCCGCCGUUUUCCCGACGGCGCGUCCGAUUUUAUUCUUUGACGCGUUCUCGAGACCUGAUUCCAUCACAGAUCAGUUCAAUAUGUUCACACUACGGCGAUCUGUGGCCGAUUUCCACCCCACUGUCUUCGGUGGUGUUCAUAGCGACUCUGACUCUUCCUCUGUUGUUGAUUAUAACUAUUCGGUCCGUAGUUCGUCAAGAAAAGUCCUCGAUCUCGAUCUGAACCUCCCUGCUGCACCGGAAAUCGAUUGA